CGCGGGGAUCACGGACCUGCGCCCGGUCCUCACGGUAUUAACGGAGAACAGAGGGUACGACGGGCUGCACGCGCGAGCUUUCGGCUGCAGUCUGCACAUGUUCCUGGUCAUGCGAUUAGCCUGCCAGACGUCAGCUGCAUCGUAACUGGCCCUCGUUCCUUCAUGGAUUACCUGUUUUAAUAGGAAUACACACACUCACACAAUAAACGCACGCACGCACGCACACGCGGUAUCUCUCUCUAUCUUUCUCUCGCUCUCUCUCUUUCUCUCUCUCUCUCUCUCUCUCUCUCUCUCUCUCUCUCUCUCUCUCUUACUCACCGUUUCUAUCCGAUCUGCGGGGAGAGUUUAAUCGGCGACCUUUUUAACAAGCCCCUCUGAUCUUGUGGUGAAUCCGCGACCAGGACGAGUUCUCGAUUCGGUUGUCGUCGUUACACUUUAUCCCCGUCCUCUCCAUUCCUCUCUACAUUUCCCUAUCCAUCUCUCUCUUUCUCUCUUUCUCUCUUUUUCCCAAAAGAGACGACGAAAGCAUCAAGGUGCUCUCGGCACCUGGCGGCAGCAGCAAUAGCAAAAAUUAACAUUACCGCUGUCGUCUUGCUGCCGCUAUUUAUCCUGCAUCUCCGCCUUUUCUGAUUCAUCCUUUUAUCCUACCAUUAUUUCAUCGUCACCUCACCUUUGCAGCAUUAUUUUUUUUUAGCAUUACGCCGACAAUCGUGUUUCGUUUAUUGACAUAUGCGUGCGAUCUAACUGCGUGUGUUUGUAUACACGUUCUAACGAUAUAUAUAUAUAUACAUAUGUAGAUUUAUAUAUAUAUAUAUAUAUAUAUAUAUAUAUAUAUAUAUAUAUAUACCGUUGUAUUUAUAUACAUGUACACGUAUACACGUAUCGUCGGUUAGAGCAAAUUUCGUAAACGUGUAUAGCAAUUGAAUUUAUUCCGACGUAAUUGUUAUAUCCCCACGUGAAUAAUAAUAACAAUAAUAACUGUAAUAACAAUAACAAUUAUCGUCGUUUUGAUAUAAAGAAGGAUUUAAACUCCGGAAACAUCAUCAACAACAGUAGUAAUAACAAUAAUAUUGAUGAUGAUAAUAAUAAUAAUAAUAACAACAACAACAAUAACAAUGACACAACAAUAAUAACAGUAUUAAUAAUAUUGAUAAAUGGAAGAGAAACAACGAGAAAAAAAACAGUAAUAAAUAAUAUUACUCUAUUAUACGACUAGCUGACGACGACGACGACGACGACGAAGGCAAGAAAAAUACAGCUGAAAAUAUACGCGCAAAAUGAGAUGCUGCAUCUUCAUGGCUGCCGUCGCCCUGGCUGCAACGGGGCUGGUAAGUGGCGGUUAUCACGAGAAGCAGCUGCUAAACGACCUCCUGGACUCUUACAACGUGCUGGAGCGGCCUGUCGGCAACGAGUCCGAGCCACUUCAGUUGAGCUUCGGUCUUACCCUUAUGCAAAUUAUCGACGUUGAUGAGAAAAACCAGCUACUGAUCACCAAUCUUUGGCUAAAAUUGGAAUGGAACGACGUGAACAUGAGGUGGAACGUGUCGAAGUACGGGGGCGUUCGAGACCUGCGGAUUCCUCCUCAUCGUCUCUGGAAGCCGGACGUCCUGAUGUACAACAGUGCGGACGAGGGCUUUGACGGCACUUAUCCGACGAACGUCGUCGUCAAGAGCAACGGCACCUGCCUCUACGUACCUCCAGGUAUAUUUAAGAGUACCUGCAAGAUAGACAUCACGUGGUUUCCCUUCGACGAUCAACGGUGCGAGAUGAAAUUCGGCUCGUGGACUUACGACGGUUUCCAGCUGGACCUGCAGAUCCAGGACGAGGCUGGGGGCGACAUAAGCAGCUUCAUCACGAACGGGGAGUGGGACCUUCUCGGUGUGCCUGGAAAGAGGAACGAGAUAUACUACAACUGCUGCCCGGAGCCGUACAUAGACAUCACAUUCGUUGUUAUAAUAAGGAGACGCACCCUCUACUACUUUUUCAAUCUAAUCGUGCCCUGCGUUCUGAUCGCCAGCAUGGCCGUUCUCGGCUUCACCCUGCCUCCCGACUCCGGGGAGAAACUUUCUCUUGGAGUCACCAUUCUGCUGUCUCUCACCGUCUUCCUCAACAUGGUAGCGGAAACAAUGCCCGCCACUUCGGAUGCUGUCCCCUUGUUAGGUACAUAUUUCAACUGCAUUAUGUUCAUGGUCGCCAGUAGCGUCGUCAGUACGAUUCUGAUCCUGAAUUAUCAUCACCGGAACUCCGACACUCACGAGAUGUCCGAAUGGGUGCGAGUCGUCUUCCUCUACUGGCUUCCCUGCGUCCUUCGGAUGUCGAGGCCCGCCGACAAGGAGGAAAAGGAGACCCAAAAGUCGCAGAAGCCCUCGCCGGUGAUGGGCUCCAGCAAGGCCUACGGCGACCUCGAGCUCCAUCAGCGGAGCAGCAAGUCGCUUCUGGCCAACGUCCUCGACCUUGAUGACAACGCGCUCGCCUCCCACAACAACCUCCUGAACAACGUUUACAGCACGCCAGGCCCCCACCACCCGGGGCACCCCGCUCACAUGGGCGGCACCAUCGGAUCCAUGGGCUCCAUGGGCUCCAUGGGGUCCAUGGGACACGGUCACAGCCACGGACAUGUCCACACGACGCCUCAUCACCAUCAUCAUCACGCCCACGCUGCGCCCCCGAGUUCGACGCCGCAUCAUCAGCAUCCGACACCCUACACCAGUGCCGCUGCCCACCACCAUCAACACCCCCAGGACGCGGGGCCCCCCCAAGUCGAGACAAUACUGCAAAGCGCAUGCUUCUGCGCGAGAUACGAGCUUAUUCUCAUUCUCAAGGAAAUGAAGGUAAUAACGGAUCAGCUGAAGAACGACGACUUGGAGAAGAAGGUGAGCAACGAUUGGAAGUUCGCAGCGAUGGUGAUCGACAGGAUGUGCCUAAUAAUAUUUACCCUGUUCACGAUCAUCGCCACCAUCACCGUCCUAUUCUCAGCCCCUCAUAUAAUCGUCACGUGAUUCGGAGGGGUUCUCGAUCGUCGUCGGUGUUGGAUAAUAAUAAUAAUAAUCAAAAACGAAACUGAGAUAUCGAAGGAAUAUCGUUACUGCUGCCGCUGCUGCGAGUCCACGAAUGAAUAUUAUAUCCAUUUACGAUUAGGCCGCAGUAAAUUGAUCGUAAAACGCCCUGCACCGUAUUUGUUGUACAUGAAUUUUUUACGCUUGACAAAAGUGUCGUUUAUUAUUCAAUUUUAUCUCGCGAUAGCCCAACGUUAAUACAUUUAACACAAAAAAAAAAAAAAAACACACACACACACCCAAUUGUUGCAAACGCCGCAUCGCAGGUUGUCGAACUUUCGCUUUUCGAAUACCAUUUUUCCCCAUGUACUACGCAUACAAAUACAAUAUAUCACAGCUAGAUAAGAAAACAAGAGAAAUCAAACGGUGCGACUAGCUAACCGAAGGCAAGGGAAUACGGUGAAUUAAAGACGGAGAAAAAAUUAUUCAAGAGAUAAUUAGUAAAAGUGCAGCGUGGAGAACCAACGAUUACUGGUUGGCUUGUCCGAUUGUAUACCUAACUGUUGAACAGAAAACAAAUAUGAUGAAAAAUAUGGAACAGGGACAACCGAAUCAGCACUAAUGUUAGAAUUUCAUCGAAGACUUUAGCAAUAACACACAAACACACAUCCACACACGUUAUGUAUUAAUAUGAUAUGCAAAUUUACACACGCACACACGCCGAACAGCCGACCUUCGACAUCAGACUACAAUGUAAUCACAAUAAUGUAGACGGCUCGAUCAGAUCGAUCCGAAAUCGACGUUUGAGAAAUUGACACAGCUCCCCAGAUCAGCAGUUUAUUCAUCGAGUCCGUCGAGCUGAUGAGAACGGGGGAGAUAGUCGGAAGUGCAAAAAGAUAACGAUACGGAAAGAGAAAGGAGAUAAGCGCACACAUACACACACGUAUUACUAUAUAUUAUACAUAUAUUCUCAACUACACAAUGAACUGCCAAGGUGAUUCAAAUGCCAGUGAAUUUUAUUAAUCCGUAUAUCACUAGUGAGUAUUAUUAUUAUUAUUACUGUAAUCAUUAGCCGAGAAUUCUAAUGAAAUUAAUCGAAUUGCGACGGUGACGUGACUUAUAAUGCGCGGGUGGUUGGUUUUGAAUUAAGAGUCUUAUCAUUUCACAACCAGCACUUUAUAUCUAACGAUCUGCACGUUUCACUGGUAAACGGUGAUUAUCGUAAUUGAGUAAAAAAUCUCGCGCAUAGGAUUAUUCGAUAUGAAAAUUGCAUUUCAAGCUCAUGGUCGACGCGCUGCGAUACGGGUAUAAAUUGUUUCGGUAUCGGUAAUACUCGUAAACGCAUUUUAUACAUGUAUUUUCUUCUAAUUAAACUUCGUACAUUCAGGAGAAUCAAUUUUAACCAAGGAAAUAACCGUCACACCGAAUCUCAUCUCGUCCGGCUACGUAGAGACAAAGACUACGUGAAGCGGGAAAAUGGCUGCCAUAGUGAAACCAGCGGCUCACCUCACGCCUUUGCCACACAUUUUCCAUCGACCGGAACAUAAACUGGAAAAGAUAUAAUUGUCAGUCAGUUUUCCAGCGACGGCAUGGUUGAGAAACCUCUUUACUUACCAUUUUUGUACAAUUACGACGCGACCAUGAGCCUUAAAAAAAUUCACUGUAAAUCCUGAAGUACCAACAUAGUGUGUGUUAGAAAAAAAAAAAAAAAACGAGUACCGAUUUCGCGACGCAUCGUCAGUGUUGUCCCCGCGUGGAAAUAAUUAAUAAUGCAUCGCCAUGAGUAGCAAUUGACUAUGAGCUCAUCAUUUUCCGUUUCUUCUGUCUUCAUUUUUUUUUCUUUUUUUACGCUUCGAAGUCUAUGAAUUGUGAAAAAACGCAAAAAACGAGGGAAAGAUAAUGAUAACAAUAUGCAAUAACUGAAAAGAAGAAAAAAAUUACGUUUUAUAAAAUAGUCUACUUUGGGGUCAGGUUACUCAUAAAUUGUGAAUCUCACGUUGGUAUACGUAUGUAUGUACAUAGAGCGGUUCUUAAAAAGAUCAUUUUUUAAUAUUGACCGGCUUACCCCCAAAUCGACUUAAAAUAAUUUAAAAAUAAUUCCCUCAUUUUUUCAGAUUUUUAUCUUAACUCUAAGUCGUGGCCACAAGAGGGUGAAUUUCCCCAUUCAACUCUUUCAACGGCACCCUGAAUCUACCAAACAGAUUUCGAUAACAUUUGGUACAGGAGGGUUUCUUGAGUCACUGAUCACGAUUCUGAACUCGAAAGUUCAAAGUUUAAAAUGACGGAUCCAACAUGGCGGACCAGAAUCCCAAGUCACUUGACGUUGGUAUUUUGGGUUCACCAUAUUGGAUCCGCCAUUCUGAAUUUUCAAAUUUUGAGUUCAGAUUCGUAAUCAGUGAGCCAAGAAGCCCCCUUGUACCAAAUUUGCCCCUAAAAGGGUUGAAUGGGGAAAUCCACCCUUUCGAGGACAGGGGUUAGAGUUUAGAUUAUUUGGAACCGAUUUGGGGAUUCGAGCUGGUCGAAAUUCAAAAAUGACAUAUUCAAGGACCGCCCUAAUGUACGUACCUAAAUGAACUUUGAAUAUUUGAUACAGUCUCAGCAUACAUCUGCACCACCGUUAGGUGCGAAUGUGUGUAGAGCCGCGACAAGUAGUCGCGACAAUGAGAGACGAAGAGACAAAGGGACAAAACAAAAAGAGCUGGGUACGAGAUUGUACUUGAGAUGGCGAAUAAAGUCUCGUCGCGAAAAGUGUUCCGCCUCGCUAUUUGCACCUCUUUGUAGAUCGAUGGAACACUUAGACCGAACGAUUAGACCGUUUCAAACAUCGGCGUCACAAUGAUAUAAAUAAUUGCUGAUCAAUCGAGAAGAGAGCCUCUGAUAUGCUGCAGUUUUCGCACUUUGCACGACGAACGUACGCGACACACUUUGUACGUGUGGAAAAGCGGUUGUAUACAAAAAAAUGUUUGAAAAGAGAAGGCGUCGGGCAGAGAACAUUUUCGGAAAGAACGUAACGAGUCGGUUGUUAUUUCGAGACAGUUUUUUCGUUGAUUUGACUCGUUGUAUUCGUUAUUGUUGUUUCGAAUUUUUAUUUCCGAUUCGAUUACCCGAGCCGUUCCUUUUCAUAGGUAAUCUCUCUCACGGCGGGUGCAGUGUUAAUCGAUAACUGACUACGAGAUACAAAACCGUUGCGAAAAAUCGAGCAAAUAACCAUUAAUACGGGGAAAUGAUACGAAAGGAGACAGACACGAGUAAAGGAAAGAAAGAAUGACGGUAGGGAGAGAACGAAAGAAGGAAGAAGUAUGAUGCUAAGAAAAGGAUUCUGAAUAUUUAUUUGUUAUUGUUAUUAUUAUUACUAUUAUUAUUCCCAUUAUUUGGAAUAUUAUUAUUAUUAAUAAUGUAUGAUAAAAAUAUGAAUUUUUCUCGGCCAUUGGCAAUGACGCGACAACCAAUCACGUUAUAAACUUUUAAAUAUAAUAUAAUAAUAUUCAAAGUUAUACACAUAUACGUAUAUGCGUAUAUACCCAUAUAUAUUCUAUUUAUAAAUAUAUGUUAUAUAUAUAUACAUAUAUAUAUAUAUACAUAUACAAGUGUGUGUAUAUAACUAUAUAACGACGUUGUUAAUAAUGUUAAAAAGUGAUGAUAAAGAAAAAAAAAUUUAAAUAACGUAUAUAAUGUAUCGUAUAAGGAUUAAACAUUUCGGAUUGAUUAAAUAACGAUUGCAAUCCUUGAUGAUGCAAUUCACGGCGAUGGCGAUGAUGAUGAUGCUGAUGAUGAUUGUAAUGAUAAUGAUAACGAUGACGAUGACGAUGACGUUGAUGAUUAAUUAACUUGGUUUAAGGGCUUGAAGGAAAAAAAAAAAAAAAAGAACGAAAAAGACAAAAAAUGUCGAGAUCCAGUAUAGACAUUGUUGCCUA